CUCGGAUGGGGAAGAGUAUGUGUUGAGGCCGAAAAUGCCGAAAAGCUGGACGAAUGGGUGAAGAAAGUCUCAUUCCAUGCCAAACCUCCUCCUCGAAUGCAGCUCCUCAGCUAUGACUCGCAAAAGAUCAAGGACCUGGAGAACGAAGCCAAGCGCCUGAUGCAAAAAUACCCGGACACGUCCGUCCCGAUCCGGCAGAAGCUCUCGGAACUCCAGGAGACCUGGCGCGCCCUCACCCAAAAGUGCCAAGCCUGCAAGCGACAACUCGCCGCCGCCUACACCCUCCAGAAGUUCAAGGCCGAGCUGAAGGACCUCGAGAAGUGGGUCGAGAACACGCAAGACAAGAUGAGCAGCGGCGGCGUCCCCGUCAGCCAGGUCGAGGCCGAGUCCAUGCUCGAGCUCCAUCAGGAGCGGAAGGCCGAGAUCGACGGGAGGCAGGAGACCUUCAAGGCCCUCAAGGACUUCGGCCACCACCUCAUCCAGCAGAAUCACUGGGCCAAAGACGAAGUCGAGGAGGCCGUCGGGCACCUCGAGGAGAUGCGACGCUCCCUGAGCGCCAGCUGGGAAGAGCAGAAGCAUUUCCUGCUGCAGGCCCUGCAGAGCAAGGCGUUCUUCCAUCACGCGGACGAAGCCGACGAGUGGCUGGCGGACAAGGAGGCCUUCCUCAACAACGACGACCUCGGGGAUUCCAUGGCCGCCGUGGAGACGCUGAUCCGGAAGCAUCGGGCGUUCGAGAAGACGCUGCAUCAGCCGAACGGGACGAAGGUCGAUCAGCUCGAGAAGUUCGCGAUGGAGUUGGUCGCCGGGAAGCAUUACGACAGCCAGGCCAUACAGCAGCGGCUGGGCGCCGUGUGCCGGCGGCGGGAUCGCCUGAAGGAGAACUCCAUGAUCCGAUCCCGCAAGCUCGCGGAAUCCCAGCAGCUGCAGCAGUUCCUCCGGAACAUCUACGAGGUCGUGAACUGGAUCGCCGAGAAGAUGCAGGUGGCCUGCGACGAGUCCUACCGCGAUCCCAUGAACCUCCAGAGCAAGAUCCAGAAGCACCAGGCGUUCGAAGCCGAGAUCCUCGCCAACAAAGGCCGCGUGAACGCCGUGAACCAGGAGGGCGAACAGCUGAUCGGAAACGGCCACUUCGCCGCCAUGGACAUCCGCCAGCGCCUGGACGAACUGGAGCAGCUCUGGCGGGGGCUCCUGGACGCCUCGAGGGAGAAGAAGGAGCGGCUCCAGGACGCCUACAAGGCCCUCGCCUUCAAUCAGACGCUGGACGACCUCGACGCCUGGAUGGACGAGAUCGAGGGCCACCUCCAGAGCGAGGACCACGGCCACGACAUGACCUCCGUCCAGAACCUCCUGAAGAAGCAUCAGCAGCUGGAGUCGGACAUCCACGCGCACGCCGACAACGUCGAGCAGGUCAAGGACACGUCCGUCGCCUUUCGGAACAAUCAGCACUUCAUGAAGGACGAGAUCGACGAGAGGGUUCGGGCCGUCAUCAAGAGGUACGAGUCUCUGCACGAGCCCCUGCAGAUCCGCCGAGACAACCUCGAGGACGCGCAGCUCCUCUACCAGUUCUUCCGGGACGUGGAGGACGAGCUGGUGUGGAUCUCCGAGAAGGAGCCCGUCGCCCAGUCGGAGGACUUGGGCGCGAGCCUCUCCGCCGUCCAGACGCUCACGAAGAAGCAUCAGGCGCUCGAAACAGAGAUCCAGAGCCACGAACCGAUGGUUAAUCUGGUGAGCACCAAGGGGCAGCAGAUGAUGAAAAGCGGGCACUUCGCAUCUAGUCAGAUCGACACGAAAGUGCGGAACCUGGCCGCACGCAUGGCGCAACUCAAAGAUGCCACCAGCGUGAGGCGGUUACGUCUCCAGGAUGCGCUGGAGUCCCAGCAGUUCCUGACGGAGGCGAGCGAGGCAGAUGCAUGGCUCAAGGAGAAGAGGCAGUUCCUCGGAACGGGAGACGUCGGGAAGGACGAAGAUUCCGUCCAGGUGCAUCAGAAGAAGUUGGAGAACCUCGUGAGGGACCUGGACGGCUUCAACACCACCAUCGGGAAACUCGCGAAGCUGGCCCAGAAGCUGGUCGAUCGGGGUCACUUCGCCUCGAGUCGCAUCCAAGAGAAGCAGAAGACCGUGGAGCAAGAGUACAAGGACCUGCAGAUGCUGGCCGAAGAGCGCCAGAUGCAGCUGAGCGACUCCCGCAAGUUCUUCCGCUUCGUGCGCGAAGUCGACGAGGUGGCGGAGUGGAUCAACGAUCAGAUGGCCGUGGCCGCGUCCGAGGACUACGGGCGCGACGUGGAGCACAUCGAGGUUCUCAUCCAGAAAUUCGAAAGUUUCAUGAACGUGCUGAGCACGAGCGAGGAUCGACUCCUGUGCAUCAAGAACAACGGCCUCACGCUCGUUUCCGAGAAUCAUCCGAGGCGUGAUCGUAUCAAGGCGAAGAUCGGGGAACUCGAGCAGCUUUGGGAUGACCUCAAAGAGCUGGCCACUGCUCGCCAAGAAGCAUUGAUCGGAGCAAAGCAAGUGCACGUGUUCGACCGCACGGCCGACGAGACGGUCGCUUGGAUCCAAGAGAAGGAGACGGUCCUGACGUCCGAGGACUACGGACACGAUCUGGAGAGCAUCCAGACGCUGGUGAGGAAGCAUCAGGGCUUCGAGAGGGACCUGGCCGCCGUGAAGGAGCAGGUGGAGGCCGUGGUGAAGGAGGCCCAGCGACUGGCAUCCCUCUUUCCCGACGCACGAGAGCACGUCGGGGUGAAGCACGAGGAAACCGUCGAGGCGUGGAACGAACUCCUCGAGAAGUCUGCUCUCCGCAAGGACAAGCUUCAGCAAGCGGAACAACUCCAGGCCUACUUCGAUGAGUACCGGGAGCUGAUGGCAUGGACGAGUGAGAUGAUCGCGAAGGUAACGGCUCCCGAGUUGGGUAAGGACGUCAAGGCAGCCGAAGCCAUCAUCUCCCGGCACAACGAAUACAAGGCUGAGAUUGAUGCUCGAAUUGAUGCGUUUGCCAAGUUUGCAAGCAAAGGCCAGAAGAUCAUCAGUCAGGGACACUUCAUGUCAGAUGAGAUCCAAGAGAAGAUCUCGGUCCUGGAGCAGCGCAAGACCACGCUGUUGGACACCUGGGAGCUACGUAACGGCAUAUACAUCCGCCACUUGGACACCCAGAAAUUCCUGACCGAGUGUGCACAGCUGGAGAACUGGUUGUCUAGCAGACAGGCAAUCCUUGAGGACAACACCAUGGGAGAAUCCAUCCCUCAAGUCGAGGACCUGAUCAGAACCCACGAAGACUUCGAAAAGACCGUCGAGGCUCAGGCCGAGCGGUUCAAUGCCCUUUCCAGACUCACAGCUUUGGAGGAGGAAUUCCAGAAGCAAAAGAAGACCGAGGAAGAAGCCAGGAAGGCUGAGGCUGAGCGCAAAGAGCAGGACCGGAUUCGUGCUCUCAAAAACAAGGAAGUUGAGAGAAUUACCACAGAACGUCGCCGAGAGGACGAGCGCCGGAGGACCCAGGAGAUCCGCCUGACGAAGGACGAGCUGGACCGAAUGAAGGUGAACGGAGAGCUGCUCCCUGGCCAGGAACUCACACCCGAGGGAUCUCCCCGCGGGAGCGGACGAGAGCCGAGUCCCCUGAAGAAGAUGGGGAGUCAGACGAGCCUCCUGGGCCUGAGCAACGUGAAGCGGGCCGAGAGCAUGCGCGUCGGGCUGGAGCAGACCAAGAAGACCAAGCGCACGCCCAGUUUCACGACGCGGCGAAGGACGCAGAGCUUCAGGAAGCAGCAGCUCAAGAACAAACUGGAGAACAUGCAGAACCUGCCGCCCGUCGAGGUGGAGGGCUUCCUCGAUCGCAAGCAAGAACUCCAGAGCGGAGGCAAGAGGGCCACCAUUCGCUCUUGGAAGACUUAUUAUACGGUUCUGUGUGGACAGUUGCUGUGCUUCUUUAAGGACCAGGAUGAUUUCCUGGAAAGCAAGGCUGCAUCAUCCCCGUUGAGCAUCUACAAUGCCAAGUGCGAAAAGGCUGAAGACUAUACGAAAAAGAAGAAUGUCUUCAGGCUGCAGAACUCAGAUGGGGCCGAGUAUCUGUUCACGGCCGAAAAUGCCGAUAAGCUGGACGAAUGGGUGAAGAAAGUCUCAUUCCAUGCCACACUUCCUCCUCGAAUGCAGCUCCUCAGCUAUGACUCGCAAAAGGAUGAGGAACUGGGAGGCGGAGGGGACGAAAGACCCCCGAUCCCCCCCAAAGGACAGAGACCUUCAAUCUCCUCCGAUGAAGGCCACUCUCCCAGCCAAUCUGUCACUAGUCAAGAAGAGAAGGUUUCAUCCCGUGUCCGUGUGCCCGAAUACAAUGGUCUUGGGUCCCCCUCCAAGCAUGUUCGAUCCAGCAACAGAAGCUCCGAUGAGUACACCAACUCCUCUCACGAUAGGGAAAGUCCUCAAGAUGUCCCCUCUGUGCCAAGUGGGGCACCUCCGCCCUUGCCGCAAAAACCACCUCCAUCUCGCUCGAGGCAAAUGCAAAUCCAGCCUCGCCCUUCCGAGGACUGGUCCGAUCCCUCCAAUCACUCGUAUCAGGGUCGGGUCGAGCCACCCGUAUUACGUCAUCCAACCGGGAAACAAGUGACGAGUCGGUAUCAUUCCCUCCCGGCGAACUCGAACCCUCCCCCCCCGCACGGCUACGCCUCGACGCUGGAGCGAGUCGACAGCGGAUCCGAGAGCGAGUUCCAGCUCCCACAUCGCAAGGACAAACGGAGCAGCGUGCUCAAGGGACUCUUCAGGAAGAAGUCCACCCAUUUGUGAUGAUGCGGAUCGAUCGACCGAUGCCAUUCUUAUUCAGAGUUAUUCAGCAUCCCAUGUAUAUAUAUAUACGUCUGAAGAUUUCAUUCUCCGGAACGCACGUGCCUUUCCGAUUCUACGAGGCUACGACACACGCAUGGUAUCGUUCACACGCAGCCGUUUCCCUUCGGAUGAGAUUAUGUAUCCGUGGUUUUAUGAUGGAGUUUUGAUUCGUUGAUUCAAAUCUGUUGCCUCUUUUGUUACGAUGAAACUAUUCUAAUAAAAUCGCCAGAUGAGACUGAAAUGGUUCCUAUGAAA